UUCAACGUCACUGGAGGAGUCUAAGCUAUGUCUCUGGUUUCCUGCUUUUUGCUCCGUCGUUCAGUUUUAAAAUAGUCUCCGUUUAGUGAACUUAGAGAACAUAAUAUGUUACCCUAUUUUCCUUCGAGGAAAUACUAAUUUAAUUGACGUAGUUUACUAUCACGAGGAGGAAAGGCGACUUCCGGAGAAAAGUUCAAAGUCUGGACGGGAUCCUGCUCAGAUUUCAGCCAUCAUGAGGUGACGACUGGAAGAUCUUGUACUUCAGCUGACUUGGACACAUGGCGAGGAUUACCUUGUCCUGCCUGCCGGCCUCCUGGUACUGCAGCGUGUCCCUGCUGUCCCUGGGCUGUGCACCCAGGCAGAGGCUUCUCUUCCUGCUGCUGCUGUUCAUCACCUCUGCCCUCCUUCUCCUGGGAACCUACCAGAGGCAGCUGUGGGGCUCCCAGCAAAGGCCCGGGGCCCGAGUCAACAAAUACCUCUCCAUCGCAGAGUCCAUGGAAGCCACUGAUGUUCUGAAUGCUGCUCUAAACUAUGGCAUUGUGGUGGACUGUGGCAGCAGCGGCUCCAGGGUUUUUGUGUAUUACUGGCCCCCCCACAACGGGAACCCUCAUACCCUACUGGAUAUCAGACAGAUGAGGGACCACGACCGCAGACCUGUUGUCAAAAAGAUCAAACCAGGUAUCUCCACUCUGGCGAACAUGCCGACGCAGGCCAGUGACUACCUGCAGCCUCUCCUCAGCUUUGCUGCUGCUCACAUCCCGAAGGCCAAACACAAAGAGACACCGCUCUACAUACUCUGUACUGCCGGGAUGCGGCUGCUGUCCGACAGCCAACAGGCGGCCAUCUUGGAGGACCUGGUCACUGAUGUUCCUCUGGACUUUGACUUCCUGUUUUCCCCCUCACAUGCUGAAGUCAUCUCAGGGAAACAGGAAGGUGUGUACGCGUGGAUUGGCAUCAACUUCGUCCUGGGCCGCUUUGAUCAUGCUGAUGAUGAAGAGGACGCCACAGUCGAGGUGGAAACGGGGUCUGAGAACCAGCCGGCAAUCAGCCGGCGCCGCACAGUCGGUAUCAUGGAUAUGGGAGGAGCCUCCCUUCAGAUUGCCUAUGAGGUGCCCGGCGCCAUCACCUUCAGCUCACCACAGGAAGAAGAGGCAGGGAAGGGCGUCCUCGCAGAGUUUAACCUCGGCUGUGACGUGGAGCGAACGCAGCACGUGUACCGGGUCUAUGUCACCACGUUCCUGGGCUUUGGAGGAAACAUGGCCCGACAGCGCUACGAGGACCAGUUGGUCAACAGCACGCUCACCAAGAACAGGUUUCUAAGCACUCAGACAGGUCUGAGCAUGGACAAACCAUACCUGGACCCCUGUUUACCAGUCGGCAUGUCAGACACAGUCAUCAGAGACAACCGCACGUUGUACCUGAGGGGUCAGGGGGACUGGACUCGGUGUCAAGAGGCUGUACGACCUUUCCUGGGUCUCCACAACGGCACCAUGUCCACACGGGGAGUCUACCAGGCUCCAAUCAACUUCAGUAACAGUGAGUUCUAUGGCUUCUCUGAGUUCUACUACUGCAUGGAGGACGUGCUGAGAAUCGGAGGACAGUACAAGAGUGAGAAAUACUCCCAAGCUGCCAAGGACUACUGCGCCACCAAGUGGUCAACACUGAAACAGCGUCUGGACAGCCAGCUGUUCUCCCAGCAGGCCGACAUCAGCAGACUGAAGUACCAGUGCUUUAAGUCUGCCUGGAUGUAUGAAGUUUUGCACUCUGGUUUCCGUUUCCCUGUUGACUACCCGAGCCUGAAAACCGCCCAGCUGGUUUUUGACAAAGAGGUCCAGUGGACUCUGGGGGCCAUCCUGUUUAAAACCCGCUUCCUGCCUCUCAGGGACCUGCAGCAGGAAACUCUGCGACAGAACCACCCCAGCUGGUUGCGCCCCUCCUUCGUCUACAACCACCACCUGUUCUCGCUCUGCAUCCUGGUGGUGGUCCUGGCCAUCCUGCUCUACAUCCUGCGUCUGCGGAGGAUCCACCAGCGGGAGCUGAGGCAAGCUGAGGUUCUGGACCUCCUCUGGGCAGAGGAGGGAGAGGCCCUCCUCCCCUGAGAGACACUCCUGCAGACCUCAAACCCAACGAAUUGGACCAUAAACCACAGGGCCAAAAAUGAAGUGUGUGUGGACCAGAUCCUGGAUGUGGACCAGCACAGAAGCCAGGAGGUUCUGAUGUAAAGCCAGAAGAUCAGAUUCUGCUCUGUGUACUGUUUAAACCCCUUAGUCUGAGGGCGGGCGGGCGGCCAGGUGGGGGAGUGAUUCCCCAGGUUCACUUUCCUCGCCCGACCAGAACCAACUACUCACUGACCUCUGAGUCCGUUAGGAUUCAUGCUGCUUCUCGUCGUGUGGACCUGCAGGUUUCUGUUGUUGGAUGGGUCCAGAUUGAGGGUCCAUGUUUAGGAACAUGUGAGUUCUUAGAGCUGCAGGACGACUUCGCUGAUGUUGAUGUUGCGCUGAAUAUUUGUGAGGGUGAUGCUGCAGUUUCAUGCAGGUGAGACCACAACAACCAUUUCCCGUGUGUCACAGAUGUCAGCAUUACAGAUUUUGUUGGUACAAUUAUUGCCAGAGAAAUUAUCACGAUUAUUUUGCAUUAAUUCAUUUCCCUAACAGCACUGUGUAAAAUUACAU